AUGCUUUUAAUCAGAGCCUUUAACAUAUGCCGAGCGAGUGUACGCAAUUUCUCGCCUGUCAAGUGCCUGUGGCGUGAGACUUCCCUCCUGGCUCUGUCACAUUUACGUCAUGGACUCGCGCGAUGCGGCAUAAUUCCAUCCGGCUCCGUCCUGCUUUCUGCCAACUACCUACAGUAUUUCAAGAACAAACGAAACAACAAUGCCGCAAGAUGA